GGUCGGGUCGCCUCGGUGACGUAGUAACAAACAUGGCGGGGCUCGGUACGGUGCGGUGCUUAUUUCGAAGCUACUAUCGGGUGAAAAAUGUUCAGAGGAGCCAGCAAAUGUUGGUUAGAUGUAGCGCCAGGACGCUUUGUAGCGGAACACAAGAUAACGCCCUCUCAGACCAUGCAAAGCCCCAGUUCACAGAUCCAGCUGUGCAGGACAUCCUCACCAGGAUAACAGGCCUGGACCUGCAGAAAGUGUUCCGACCUAUUAAACAGGAGCUGAGGCCGCCCACUUACAAACUCAUGACCGAGGACCAGUUGGCACAGGCGGUGGAGUUAGCCACAGAGCAGGCUAAGCACCUGCUUAAGAUGCCCCCUGUCUUACCGGAGAGGAAGCCCAUCGACGAUGUGCUGUCUGAGGACAAAAUCCUGGAUGGCAUGGACACGGCCAAAUACGUCUUCACAGACAUCACCUACAAUAUCCCACACAGGGAGAGGUUCAUUGUUGUACGAGAACCCAACGGGACUCUUAGGAAGGCGAGUUGGGAGGAGAGAGACCGGCUCAUUCAGGUCUACUUCCCAAAGGAAGGACGCAAACUCACAGCACCUCUCAUCUUCAAGGAGGAGAACCUCAAGAUGGUGUUUUCUCAGGACCGUCAUGAAGAUGUGUUGAACUUGUGUCUGGUUCAAUUUGAACCCGACUCUUCAGAAUACAUCAGGGUGCACGCAGCCACUUAUGAAGACAUAGACAAGCAUAGCAAAUAUGAGCUGCUGCGCUCCACCAGACACUUUGGAGGAAUGGCCUGGUACCUGGUGAAUGCUCGCAGGGUGGAUGGGCUCGUUGUGGACAUGCUGAAGAGAGAACUGAUCCAGGAUGCGGUGAGCCUUGUGUCUCUGUUCCACAUGAUCCACCCUCACAGCGAAUCAGCCCAGGAAGCCGCCAGCCAGCAGGCCACUGGCACAGACCUGCUGAAGAUCUAUGCCCAGAAGGAGUCGCAGAGGUCGGGCUACAUCGAACUGGCCCUGCAGGCAUAUGAACAGACUGCUGCUGAGAGCUCGGCUGCCUGACUGGCUCCCUCAUAGAUAGAAAUAUACAAAUCUAUCCAUGAGGAAUGAUACCCACAUCCAGAAAGGACAACGUGAAACUUGCCUCCCAUAUCUAAAAUAUGAUAGCAUUCAGUUCUUUCGCUGUUUGGGGUGAAGAGUAAAAUGUGAUACAUGACUGUGAGAAAGCCAUAUACUUCACGGCAGUCAAUUUGAGGAAUUUGCAUGGAAACCUACUGUAUGGAGAGAAAUUGUCUAUGUAUGUAUUCCAUUUGGAGCUCCGCGUCAAAGCAAAUGUGUCAAGUUAACGAUGUACAUAACAAAAUAAAACAGAUCUUUGUACUUGUGUGA